AUGGAUGGAGGAGAGACGAGGAGCCUUGAGGAGGUAUUCCAAGUACUGUUCAGUCCUAUCCAGGACAAGAAGAAGAGUAGUAGCUCAGUUGACCUCAAGCUGACCGAACACGGCAACGUCGACACUGUGAAGAUGCUGAUCUGGAAAGGAUCUGAUGUCAACAUGGAAGAUGGUAAGGGCUUAACGCCUCUUCACAGAGCUGCUGGGAGAAAUGCUUCUGUUGAAUGUGUAACAGCUCUUCUUGAAGCUGGCGCCCUUGUAGACAAACGUACACCGGAUUCCAGAACCCCGUUAAUGGAAGCUGAGAGGCUUGACAUAGUUAAGAAGCUGCGAGAUGGUGGCGUCACAGCAUAUCACCGUGCAGCAGAAUCUGGGGAGCUGGACAUACUGAAAUAUCUGCAUCAAAUGCAUGCUAAGCCGACAGUUGAUAUUAUUGGAUGGUCAGUGCUUCACUCACGCUUGCUGUUCGUCAAUGAAACAAUGGAAAAGGUGCAGUUCCUGGUGGACACUGUGAAGGUGCCAAUCGAUACAAGAGACGAGGAUGGAAGAACGGCGCUGUAUCCAGCAGUGCAGAGAGGUGAUGCAGAGGUGGUGGAGUUCCUGGUAGAAAGGGGGCUGAGUAUAAGGGACAGGGACAAGCAUGGCGACACAUAUCUACAUGCGGUAUUCGUUCGGUACUCCGAUCACGAUGAGGUAGUGAAGUUCUUAUUCAAAGCCAACGUUGAUGCAGAUUUGUGUAACAGUGAGGGCAACACGCCUUUGCAUCUGGCAUUGGAUUCAGGAUUGUGGAGGCUCUUCGAGGACAAUAUGAUGACUUUGAUUGAUAGAACUUCCAAAAUGAAUCAAAGAAAUCACGAAGGGAAGACACCUCUUCAUUUGGCGGCUUAUUUUGACAAUGUAACGUUUCUCAAGCGAAUCCCUUGA